UGCAGCAUGUACGUCAUGCGUGUGUACUACUCAUGCAAGAUUCACAAGCGGACCAGCUUUAUUGCGCUUGACGAACACCCAUCCAGCACAAGGUCACGUUCUGCACCAAGUGCGUUGAGGGAUGCGAUUAAAUGGGAUGCCCCGAAGCCUGUUCAGAGCCAAGCUGUUGGUUAUGAGGCCUUCAACGAGUUUUUGACCGCCUUGCGGUCAGAUAUG